AUGGCGUAUUUUAUUAAACCCUUUCACCCUGAUAUCUCGCCUUUCUCUCAUCUCUUCGUGUCUAUCUAUAUCUAUUCGCAUCUAUGUAUCUAUCUAUAUCUCUUUGUAUGUAUCUAUCUUACUAUUUUCAUAUCUUUAUCUCUAUCUCUCUCUCCUCAUAAAUGUCUGUCUAUCUAUCUAUCUAUCUAUCUAUCUAUCUUCAUAAAUAUCUAUCUCUUCAGAAAUAUCUAUCUAUCUAUCUAUAUACUCACACAUGAUAUGCCCAGUCUUCCCCUUCCAAUUCUAGAUUACUCCCUUUUCUUUCUCGCCUUCUUAGAUAGUCAUAUUAUUCUACGUUACAAUCAAUCACUCUUUCUUUUCGCCAAAUAUUGGUUAUUCUUCGCUACAAUCAUGAGGCCAAGAAACCGUUUACGAGCGCUGAAUUCAAAGUCAGCACCUAUCAACAACGCAGCGGGCAAAGCCCGAGGACAUUACUCCGGCAGGGGCGCCUAUCGACUGACGACUAGGCAAAAUGUCUCUGGAGGACGAAGGGAAAAAUUCGCUUUUAGAAAUGAACAAAAAUACCCAGUUAUAGCUGAAGGCGUUCGUGUAAUGCGAGGGUAUCGUGCUGCGAAGCUGGUUUUAGUGAGAGCUAAGCAGUUACUUGUAUCUAUCUAUCUAUCUAUCUAUCCUCAGGAUCAGAGUGGAUGUGAGAAUAAUAUCAACUGA